AUGCCUUUACUCGGAGCGCCAUCCUUUACCGUGGACGAUAUCGACGACCUGCUGUACUUGACUCGUGUGAAUGAGGCGAGCGAGCUGGAUCAGACUAUCUCAGAAUUGACGAAAAAAUACAAUUGCUCAGUGGCGGAUGUCAUCACUUCAGGCAUCGAUCCGGACUCGGGAAAUACAGUGCUGCACUUUGCCUCUGCGAAUGGGUUUGUGGACCUUGUCAAGACGUUCACAAGCCAGCUUGCUUCAACUCCCAACACCGACGGCGCUAGCGUGGACAGAUCAUCGGACUCCGGCCAUCGCUCGAAGUUCGUCAACGAAUCGAAUAGCGAAGGUAACACAGCACUCCACUGGGCGGCUUACAACGGGCAGCUGAAUAUCGUGAAAGCACUCCUGGAAGCUGGAGCGGAUAUGUGGAUCAAGAACAAUGCCGGCCACUUAGCCAUGUUUGAGGCAGAGAGGGCUGAGAAGAACGAUGUCGUCCAGCACCUUCUGCAAGCCGGGGGGAAUCAGGUGGAACGAGCUGGCGUCGAGGGUCAGCCGUCGGAAGCAGACAUCGCAGACGUGGAUGAGGAUGACGACGAGGUUGUCGUCGCAAGCAGCAGCGGAACGACUCAGCAGGAUCGGUCGAUGGAAGGUGUAUGA